GCCACGACGACAUUUAGUAAUUUCUUGCCCGUUUUGGUAAUUUUUUGGACACUUAUUUAGACUUAGUAAAUAGUAAACGCGUUCGAACAAUUUGGUGCCAACAAGAGGGACGGAUUGCACCAGUUGGUUAAUUUCAUUAAUGCACAAAGUUUCAUUAUUGAAAUCUUCGAAAGAAAUUUUAUAUAUCCUUUUUCUACAAUGAUAAAAAUCAGCAGCCCUGGUGGAUAUGAUAAACUCCAAUAUACUCCACUGUCUUCUGACGAGUAUUCCAUAGGCGCAAAUGUAAAACAUAGCAAUAUUCCCGAAGAGAACUUGGUGACAAUACGAACAUGUGCUGCUGGUGUUAAUUAUGCUGAUAUAUGUAUACGUUGGGGGGUUUAUAAAUCAGCUAAACAGUAUGUUGGCUGGCCAAUAACACCAGGAUUUGAGUUCAGUGGCAAAAUCAUUGCAAAAGGUUCCAAUGUUGCUGAAUUUGAAUGUGGUGAAAAUGUAUUUGGUCUGACCAUGUUUGGUGGUUAUUCUGAGACUAUUAAAGUACCAAAAGAUCAAAUCUUCUCAAUGCCUAAAAAGCUUGAACUCAAACAAGCUGCAGGUUUCCCAACAGUUGCCAUAACAGCAUGGUAUGCCAUGUUCCAACUUGCUCAACCACGACCUGGAUCUUGGAUAUUAGUACAUUCAGCUGCUGGUGGGGUUGGUAGCAUGUUAGUUCAAAUGGCAAAAAUAGCAAAGUGCAAUGUUGUUGGUGUUGUUGGUGCUUCGCAUAAGGUCAAGAUAGUCAAGGAAACACUAGGGUGUGACAAAGUCAUUGAUAAGUCUAGUGAAGAUUUGUGGAGUAGUGCAAAAAGGUUCUCCCCAAAUGGAUACCAUGCAAUCUUUGAUGCAAAUGGUGUUGCUACUUUGAAUGAUAGUUAUAGUCACUUGGCACCAAUGGGCAAACUUAUUGUAUAUGGAUUUCACACAAUGCUGCCUAGAUCAAGUGACACAGCUGAUGGGUCUAUAGCAUGGUGGCAAUGGUUAAAAAUUGCUUGGAAUUAUUUCUGGACUCCUCGUUUUAAUCCGCUUCAGAUGACAGAGGAAAAUAAAAGUAUUAUGGCCUUCAAUUUGAGUUUUCUUUUUGGUGAAAAAGAGAUGUUAGCAGAUGCUAUGCAACAAUUACUCUCAUGGGUAGAGGAUGGUUCUCUAAUGGUGUGUAAAGUACAAGAGUAUCCUUUAAAAGAUGCAGGUAAAUCACACAGUGACUUGGAGUCAGGUAAAACCAUUGGAAAACUUGUUCUUACAUCUGAACAAUUUGAACUGCAACAUCCAGAUGAUAUAUAAAUGAUUUACAAAUUAGUAUAGUAUGAUUGUAAUGCCAAUGUCUAAAAAGCUAGCUAGGGUUGAUUAAUAUAUUUAGCUAUAAUAUUAAAUGCAUGGAGACCCUUAAUAUAAUCACAAUACCCGCAUUGGGCUUUUGGGUAAAAUUAACUAUUUGCAAUUAAUACAUAGUUUUAAAGAAUAUACAAAAAUCUAACACAAGCAUGUUUCACAUUUUUUCUGAAAUUAUAUGCAUGUCUCUUAUUU